UGUAAGCUGACUAUAGGCUGGCAGAUUUGUGUCAAUCUAAAAAGCAUUCAAUAGCGAGGCAAUGGGAAUUCUCUCAUAGACUUAUAUUCGAAAGGCAGGCCAAAUUAUAUGAAUAGAAAUUCCAAGUAGCCAAAAUGGUUACCUCCAAGAAUAUCUCUCAAGUCAAGAUAGCCCUAGGUGGGUCCUUCUUCGAUGUGCUAUGGCCGUUGAUCCUGGACGAGGAUCUCUGUCGCAUUGAGAGCCAGACUGAUGAUAACUUUGUGCCAAAGGAACCGUUUAAUAAGCUUGAGUGGCAUACCUACUUGGCCCAAGUGGGUUAUCCCCUCUACAUACCGCCGUUGGAGUUGCGCUGUUGCGAGGGUGCUCGACGGGCGGAGGCCGAGGAGGAGGAGGCGGAGAAGGCCAUCAAUAAGGAGGUGGAGGAGCGAAAGGGGCCGGCUCAGGGUGAUUUUCUACGUCGUGGUUCUCAGGCCAUAGAAUCCAUUGAUAAGAAGGUGAUUCACUUGAGAAUGGAGCAGGAACGCCGCCAGAGGCUGGCCUAUGCCUUUGCCAAUCGUUGUUAUCCUUGGACCAUGCAGACACCCAGUCACGAGCUGGGCUUCCACCUCACCGAAGAGCUGCAGAAGUGCUUUAAGGUACCCAAGGAGCUGGAAAUGUUGAAAGCCAUUCAUGACCACGAAUGCAAGCUAAUGAUUCUCGAUCUGGGCACUGAUGUGGACAUCGAGGACUGUCAACGCUGGAUCAAGUUCCGACCUUAUAUUCAGUUAUUAGCUAUAGUUCGCACACCGCGAAUGCAACGCUCUUUGCAUCUGCUCAAUGUCUUCCACACUCUUCUUGUGGAAGAGUCAGCUGAUAAUUCGUGGGAUGCUGAGUUGCAGUGCUCCGUUCAAGCUGGCUUUUUGCACGCCCAGAAAAUUCAGCUCCUUAAGACCUGCGGUGAGCCAUUUGUCUUUGUGUUUAGCCGGUUCCGCGGCAUCUGCACCUGCGAUACUUAUAAGAUAAUCCGUCGCAUCUAGAGUGAGAUUUUUCAAGUGUUGGAUACUUAGAGCAAGGAAAAUAUCUUUGAAAUUUUAAAAAUUACUACUUCAAAUAGAAGUUUCUUAAAUAAUUUAUUUAUCAUUUGAAAAAAAAAAAUUGUAAAUUAUGAAAAAAAUCAUAAGUUGAUGCAAAUGUGUAAAAAUAUCUAAAAUUCUAAUAAAAUCCUAAGGCACUUAAGUAUGUUAACAAAAUUAUAAGAAAAACUUUGUUCCAAAUGCUAUGCUAACGAAAUUUAAAAUCAUUUUUAUAAGAAAUAAACCAACAUUUCCUGUUCAACAUUGUGCCACAAGUUUUAACCUAGUUUAGCCCUCAUACUCAAGUUCCCUUCCAUGA